AUGGAUUCCCAUGUCUUUCAAGACUUCCAGAGUGAACUCACAUGCUCCAUUUGCAUGAAUUACUUCUUAGAACCUGUCACCAUAGACUGUGGACAUACCUMUUGCCGACCCUGCCUCUUUCUCUGCUGGGAGGAAGCCCAAAUGCCAAUGUGCUGCCCUGAGUGCAAAGAAAUAGUAGAGAAUUCAGACUUCAGGACCAACAUCAUGCUCAAGAAGCUGGCUUCUCUUGCCAGACAGGCCACACCUCCCUCUGACAGCAGGUCUGGGGAGCAGCUCUGCAGGACACAUGGGGAGAAAAAGUGGCUCUUCUGUGAGGUGGACAAGAGCCUGCUCUGUUCACCCUGCUCUGACUCACCUGAACAUGCGGUUCACAGCUACAGCCCAGUGGCAUGGGCGGCAGAAGAGUACAGGGAAAAACUGCUAAAUAAAAUGGAUCCUUUAUGGCAAAUGACUCAGGAUAUGCAAGAUAAUCUAAAUGAAGAAAUUAACAAAUGUCAGUCUUUUGUGGACUAYGUAGUCUUAAGGAAGAACAUGAUCCAAGUUCAAUAUCACAUGAUGCAUAAGUUUCACGUGGAGGAGGAGCGAUUUCAACUGGAGACACUAGAAAGAGAAGCACAGGAGAUUUUUCAACAACUCAGAGACAGUGAAAUCAGAAUGGCCCAACACAGGGAAAGGCUGAAGGAAAUGUACAGGGAGCUGACUGACAUGUGCCAUAAGCCUGACAUGGAGUUGCUCCAGGACUUAGGGGACAUAUUUGAAAGAAUUGAGUUGCUGGAGAUGGAGAAGCCCAAGCCAGUGAACCCAGAGCUCUCUUCAUUACACAUCACUGGAAUCUUGGAUAUGCUGAACAAGUUCCGAGUGAACAAUGGAACUAUUCAAGGAUGGGCCAAUUGCUAUAUGAGCCUUUCUCAUGAAGAUAGAAAUAAUAUAUUUGGAGAUGAUGGUGGAACUAAAGAUCCCCAGACAGUUGAGAGUUACGUUAUAUGGAGUGCUGAGGGAUUUACCUCUGGUAGACACUACUGGGAGGUGGAUGUGGGGAACACCUCCAACUGGAUUCUCGGCGUCUGUAAAGAUUUUAUGAUAAGUGACACUUUUGAUUCUGAGAAAGCAUUUUUCCUAUUUUCCUUAAAGAAGAACAACCACUGUAGGCUCUCCACCAACUCCCCACCCUUAACUCAGUAUGUACAAAGACCUGAGGGUCGGGUUGGGGUAUUUCUAGAUUAUGACAAUGAAAUUAUGAGCUUCUAUGAUGUUCACCGAUGUUCCCUCAUAUGCAGUUUCUCUCUUCCCUUCUUGACCUCACCUCUGAAUCCUUUUCUUUUCCUUGAUUCUCCAUAA